CGGGUCCCCUCGGGCCUGCCUCUGGCCCGUCUCCCGUCGCCUUUUCUACCUCUCGGCCGCUCGCUCUGCCUCCCGUGUCACGGAGACAAUGCCGCUUCAGCUCGGAGCACACACAUAUGACCAGCACAUGGAAGUGUGGUGAUUCGGACGCAUUCGUGAUUGCAACAGAUUGAAGGAAUUAGACGAGACAGAGCGGUUUCGGAGGAGGAGGAGGCAGGAGGGGGGCUCCGGGGUGAGAAAGGAGGACGCCUCUGAGCCGGGGGACGCCGGGACUCCCGCCGCUGCCAAGUAUAUCCGUAGGGAUGGAGAGAGACCGGAUCACAGCCUUGAAAAGAUCUUUUGAGGUCGAGGAGGUCGAGACGCCGAACUCCACCCCACCUCGGAGAGUCCAGACGCCCCUGCUCCGGGCCACUGUGGCCAGCUCCACCCAGAAGUUCCAGGACCUGGGUGUGAAAAACUCAGAGGCCGUGGCCCGCCAUGCAGACCCCCUGAGCCAGCGCUCCCCGAAGCCCUCCCUGCGGAGGGUGGAGCUCGCGGGGCCCAAGGCGGCCGAGCCCAUGUCGCGGCGCACCGAGCUGUCCAUCGACAUCUCGUCCAAGCAGGUGGAGAACGCCGUCCCGGGGCCGUCCCGGUUUGGGCUCAAGAGGGCCGAGGUGCUGGGCCACAAGACGCCCGAGCCAGCCCCUCGCAGGACGGAGAUCACCAUCGUCAAGCCUCAGGAGGCAGCCCACCGCAGGGUGGAGCCCCCCGCCACCAAGGUCCCCGAGGUGCCCGCCGCCCCCGCUGCAGAUGCAGUCCCCAAGAGGGUGGAGAUCCAGGUGCCCAAGCCGGCCGAGGCACCUACGUCGCCCAGCCCAGCCCAGCCCCUGGAGAAUCCCGAGCCCUCCUCGAUGUCGCAGCUGCACAGCAGGCUGGAGCCCAGGGCCCAGCCCCUCACCGCUGAGGCCCUGCCCAGAGGCCAGGAGGCCACUGAGGCGGCUCCCAGCUGUGUGGGCGAUAUGGCCGACACCCCCAGAGAUGCUGGGCUCAAGCAGGCGCCCGCACCGCGGAACGAGAAGGCCCCCGUGGACUUCGGCUACGUGGGGAUCGACUCCAUCCUGGAGCAGAUGCGCAGGAAGGCCAUGAAGCAGGGCUUCGAGUUCAACAUCAUGGUGGUCGGGCAGAGUGGCUUGGGCAAAUCCACUUUAAUCAACACCCUCUUCAAGUCCAAAAUCAGCCGGAAGUCGGUGCAGCCCACCUCGGAGGAGCGCAUCCCCAAGACCAUCGAGAUCAAGUCCAUUACGCACGAUAUCGAGGAGAAGGGCGUCCGGAUGAAGCUGACGGUGAUCGACACACCCGGGUUCGGGGACCACAUCAACAACGAGAACUGCUGGCAGCCCAUCAUGAAGUUCAUCGACGACCAGUACGAGAAGUACCUGCAGGAGGAGGUCAACAUCAACCGCAAGAAGCGCAUCCCGGACACGCGCGUCCACUGCUGCCUCUACUUCAUCCCGGCCACCGGCCACUCUCUCAGGCCCUUGGACAUCGAGUUCAUGAAGCGCCUGAGCAAGGUGGUGAACAUUGUCCCGGUCAUCGCCAAGGCCGACACGCUGACCCUGGAGGAGAGGGUCUACUUCAAACAGCGGAUCACCGCAGACCUGCUGUCCAACGGCAUCGACGUGUACCCCCAGAAGGAGUUCGACGAGGACUCGGAGGACCGGCUGGUGAAUGAUAAGUUCCGGGAGAUGAUCCCAUUCGCGGUGGUGGGCAGCGACCACGAGUACCAGGUCAACGGCAAGAGGAUCCUCGGGAGGAAGACCAAGUGGGGCACCAUCGAAGUUGAAAACACCACACACUGUGAGUUCGCCUACCUGCGGGACCUCCUCAUCAGGACGCACAUGCAGAACAUCAAGGACAUCACCAGCACCAUCCACUUCGAGGCCUACCGUGUGAAGCGCCUCAACGAGGGCAAUAGCGCUAUGUCCAACGGCAUGGUGGAGAAGGAGCCGGAAGCCCAGGAGAUGUAGACGCCUCCCGCCCCAGCCCCACCCUGUGUUUUCCGCCCCCCUUGCCCACCCACCUGCCCCGUUUUAUUUUAUAUAAAUCUCCCCAGUCGUCGAGCCCCGUUGACACGCUGCCAAGUCACAGGAGGUGCAGCCCCGUGUGUUCUCAGCCCGCUGAUGCAGGCCGGCGGGCUGGCCUGUGGCAGGCCAGGCUCCUGCCUCUGCCAGGUCUGGGAGAGGCUGGGCUAGAACCAGGAGGGCAGGACAGGAAUCUCAUCCCAGACCAGUCCUGGGAGGGUCCAGAAGAGCCACCUGUCCGUCUGACCCUCCCGCCCCAUCCAGGUUGCUUUCUCAGAGCAGGCCCUGCGCACGCAGAGGUGUCGGUAGGGCUGCAUGCUCCCCUCUGUCCCCUCUGCCAAGCUCCUGGAGUGUCUAGGGCUGUGCCCAGGGGAGGAUGGAGCGACUCAGUAGGCUGGAGCCCCUCCCACUGCCCACAUGGCUGGGCGAUCACUCAGAGAGCACCCCCACCCCACUUUCAGAAGAUACUAGAGAAUCCCAGGAACCUCAGUUGCCAGUUGCUUAGACCCAACCAGGCCCUCAGGGCACCUGCUGGCCUAAGCCGUCCUGGAGCAGAAAGUGCCUUUAUGUCAGCCGUCCACAUGAGCCAAUGGACUCUCUAGCUGGCCCGCGGGCCAGGAGCGUGACGGGGAGAGGGAGGUGUGUGUUCAUCUCCCCAUCACCCCCCGGUCACCACCUCCCGUGGGGCUGGAGAUGCCCUGAUCCGUGGGAUCCGAUUGAGGGUAAAAAGGGAGGAAAGAAAGGUGAGCCUUGCCUGCCCCGAUCUUGGGAAGGUCCCAGCAGGGAAGCUGUGGAGCUGAGGCAGGGAGGGAGGUGCUGGAAGAAAGGGUGGGGCGGGGCGUCUGGCCACGGCCCUGGUGCUCACCCGCCCGCGUGCCUGGAGCGGUGAACCUGUGUCUGCCUCGUCCUGGGUCUGCCCCGGGUGCUCAGCUCACACGAGUGCCUGGCGGCCGCCCAUCCUCAACCCUCCAGGCCCAGGCCUCGCCAGCCCCGCGACCUGGAGAGACUGGGCACACUCGCCUGCUAGAUGUCCAGUGUGUUCCUGGGCCCUUGCACCCCAGAGCCCAUUAUAAACCCCGAAGAAAGAGGGGUGAGGGUCAGGGGUGCACAGUCCACGGUGGGCUGCAGAGCAAGCGCUCAUAGCCUGCUCACCCCACAUCCUCUGCCCCACAAGGAGACUGCUGGGACUGCCCACGCCCUGCACGCUGACCAAACGUGCUCCCUUCCCUCCCGCCCCCAGCGCACACCUGGGGCGUCAGCCUGACGAGCCAGGACACAAGUGCGCUGUGCAGAGCCCGGCCUGCAGCCAAAGCGGAGAGAGUGAUGGCGAGCAGACUCGGGGUGCGUGUGUGUGCGUCAUUACAUUGGGGGUCUUCCUUCCUCCCUCCCCACCGAGCAAAGGAGGACCCUCAGCAGAUCCCUCAGCGGAACAGAUUACUUGCCGACCUGCCGUGUUUUUGCCAAAACCAAGAUUUUGCAGGAAAUGUCCGUCUCUGGGCCCAGGACCUGGGUAGGCCACCUUCCCCAGCCUGGGGCGGGGUGGGGGUGGCACUUGGCUUUCUCCCUCUAGCCGGGUCUCGAGAUUGUCACUUUUAUCCGGCUCUGUUCCGCAGUAUCCUCCGCUAUGUGCCUCCCGAGAAAUUGGUCUCUUUUGUAUAAAUAACAAAGCGUUGAAAAUGUUAUUUCCUGAAAUAAAUGUUUCAAAUGCGAACCCGGAA